CUUCAAAAAAAAAAAAAGUAAAAAAAAAAAAAAUUCUACUGAAGUCGGAGUAAGUCUUCCACCGUCACGCCGUUUUUCGACCGUUCACAGACAUUUUCUCCGAGCUGUUCACCGUGCCGCCGUUCGCCGGCCAUCGCCGUGCCGCCGUUCGCCACUCACAGUUCGCCGGCCAGUCUUCGCCAUUCGCCGUUCGUCUUCUCAUUCGCCAAUUUCCGCAGUUUCGCCGUUUCGUUUAGCUCGCCGUUUCCACUGUUCAUGUUCACCGUUUCGCUUGCUAAUCGCCGCCGGCCUGUUGUUCGCAGUUCGUGUUCGCCGAUCGGUCGUAAGAACCUCAAUCUCCGUUCCAUUAUGAUUUUUUAUGGGGAAACAGAAAUUUGGCAAACAUCUUGGAACUGAGGAACUGUGGUUUUUCGUUUUGAACCAGAAAUGAGUGCGGAAAAUUCAUGGGUUCCUGUGACCCCGAUUAAGCCCCCUUUGCGAAUAUGGUCGCCUGGGGAAGGAAUUCAGCACAAAUCUGAUGGGUCUACUGAAGAAGCGCAAGCUGGUAAAAUAGUUGCAUGUUCAGAUACUUCUAAUUUGGUGACACUUGACAGUCAGAAAAUAUUGGUGGUGGAUUUGAAUGAGAUGAAAUGGGUUGAGAAUGAUGCAAAUUGCUGUUCCUUUCCUGGUUCUUUGGAGAAAUCAGAGUCCAUUUCACAUGGUGAACUUUCUAGCAAGACCAUCCCCCAUUUUGUUCCCCCGACCCCCGAAAAGAAGACGACUGUGGAGCUCAAACAGGUAGUUCAAGUUCAAAGCUCAUCAGCAGGAGAAAAAAGAGAUGAGGAAGGCCGGACAGUCAGUGUAAGAACAGAUGAGAAUGGAAUAACCAAGCUGAGACAAUAUAGAAGAAAGCACAGGCCCAAGGUAGUUACAGAAGGCAAACCAAGAACAUCUAAAUCAGGCACUCGGAGAGCUGCAAAUUCCAAGGAAAACUUGACAACUAAGAGGAAGUAUGUCCGAAAGAAUGCAGUCAACAAACCCUUGGAAACUCCUCUUGAACUAGGAAUUCUUAAUCCGGUCACCCCAGAAGUUGCUAGUUAUAAUGAGAACUCAAUAGGUCUAAGGACGUACAUUCGAAAGCGUGGAGUCUGCACUGCAGAAACUCCUAUGGAAAUAACAGGAGCUUCAACUAAUGUGGAAGUGCGGAAACGAAAACGUAGUAGGAAAACAUGCAGGAGGAAUUUAAAAUUUGACAAUGAAGGAAAACAGAAAGAUGAAAGCUCCUCAUGCGAGUAUUCAUCCAACAUUUCAGAAUUUCUGGUGCAUAUUCUACCUACUGGAAAUUAUCAUUCACAUUUAGUUGUGCAGCAUAGGAAAGAAAGUGAAGCAAUGCUUGAGGAAGACUGCAAUUGCCUUCCUGAAAGCCAAGUAUCGAACCUCGAAAUUCCGAUUGAAUAUAGCACUUCCCAGUUAAAGCCUCAAAUUAAUCACUAUAAGGAUCAGGGAAGCAUGGGGAAGACCAAUUCAACUAAUCAUUUGUUAUCAAGUUCAAAAGAGUCAUUCUGCAGUAGUACAACCGAAGCAAGGGGUAUCAAGCAAAAAUGUUGUCACAAUAUAAAACAAGAUGAUAUCAGAAGUUCAGAUUUAAUUGAGGAAUUUUAUAACUCAAUUUAUGCGUCUCAGAUGCCACAUGCAGAGUAUUUUCCAAAAGAGAAAACUGAAAAGGUUCUGCAUUCUGGCCCAUCUAGCACAUAUACUGGACAAGCAUACAAAGUAAAUAGCUUGAAUGAAAAUCCUUGUGCUUCAAAAGCCAGCCACUGGAUAUCCAGACCUCAGACACGUAGUUGUUUAACCCCAGGAAUAUUCGAAGGAUCAGUGAACCUCAAUAAAUUACAACCCUUUGAUUUCAUCGAGAGGAGAUGCGAAGAUCAAUCUUAUGUCUCAACCCAUAUGCAGUCUAAAUAUUCCCCCAAACAACCACAGGCGAUCACUGAUCUUCAAAGAGAUGAGAAUUCUCAUAGACACCAUCCAUCGUUAGGUGCCCAAUUUGACAAGAUGCAAGCAGCAAUGGUGAGGAAAAAACGAACACGGAAGCCUCUUACUUCAUCGCAUUCAAAUAUGGAUGGAUGUUAUGCAGGGGAUCCUUCAGAAAUAAUUUCAGGACUGAAGCUUUCUACAAACGCCAUGGUUGAGGAAAUGAAUAUUCUAGACAUUAACAAAGAAGGGAAAAUAUCAUCAUGUGAGGAGCAAAAUGUAAUGGUGCCUUAUAACAUGCAGAAUCAAGGGCAUGGUAUGCUUGCAAACAGAGGUGUUGACUCUGUGGUACCAUUUGAAGGUUCUUUGGUUCCUGCCAAAAAACGAAGACGACAUGCCAAAGUUGAUCUUGAUGGAGAGACAAAUAGAGUUUGGAAACUAUUGGUGGGGAAUUUUAACAGUGAAGUUGAUGAUGGAUCAGAUGAAGCUAGGGACAAAUGGUGGGAGGAAGAGAGAAGAGUUUUUUCUGGACGAGCAAACUCGUUUAUUGCAAAGAUGCAUCUAAUACAAGGAGAUAGAGGCUUUUCACAAUGGAAAGGAUCGGUUUUAGACUCAGUGAUUGGAGUUUUCCUCACUCAGAAUGUCUCGGAUCAUCUUUCCAGCUCAGCGUUUAUGUCGCUUGCUGCACGUUUUUCCUUAAAACCUAGAAGCCUUCAUGAGUCAAGCAUUGGUGAUCCGACAAGCUUUGUAGUCACUGAACCAGAAGUUGAUAUAAAAUGGGCUGAACCAGAAGUCGAUGUAAACUGUGGAAGCAAUCUUUCAUCAGAAGAUAUCAGUGUCAAUGGGUCUGCUUCAUCUGUGGAGAUCAUACAGAUUGUAGAAACAACUAAGCUAAAGUCAAACUCCAAGAAUGUAAGUGGUAAUGAUUUAUCAGAUGAGAAGUUAGAGGGUACUUGUAGUACGUCAGAAGAGAGGUACAUCGAUCAAAGAGAAAACGAUAAUGCAGAUUGUCCUAAAAGCCUUUUAAGAGAAUCCCUUAGUCAAUCAAGUCAUGAAUUGCAGAAAACUUCAAUCUCAGGAGUUACAGAAGUUCAGUGCUUUAAAAUGUACAGAAAAAUCACCCGAUUUUCCUACGUUUACAAAAGAAGGGAUGUAUAUGAUACUAAUGAACAUGCACAGACACUAGAUUCUGCAUCUCAAACUACUGUCUUGAACACCAACGACGUUCAAGCAACAAGACAUUCUAGAGAAUUGUGCAAUGUCAACCAAAGUGACCGAGAUGUAGUAUUCCAGUCAGAAGGAAGAUUUAUUGAAGUGUCACACGGUGUUGAAUCACAGGCUUCAAUGGGCAGCCAAAAAGCACAUCAAACUCAGCAAGAUUCUGUGAUAGACAGUACUCUAGAUUUUAUGAGGAAGACUGAAGAACCAGAUCAAAGUAAGCAUGGACAUACACUUUGUAACAAGUUCAAUGAUACAAAAGCUGGUACACCUAAAUCAAAUGGAAAACGAGUUAAAAAGGAGAAAAAGGAUGAUGUUAACUGGGACAACCUUAGGAAACAGGCAGAGGUAAAGGGAAGGAGAGAGAGAACUACAACUACCAUGGACUCAUUGGAUUGGGAAGCUGUACGAUGUGCGGAUGUUGAUGAGAUUGCUUUCACCAUCAGAGAACGAGGGAUGAAUAACAGGCUUGCAGAAAGAAUUAAAGGUUUUCUUAAUCGUCUGGUGAAAGAUCAUGGAAGCACUGAUCUUGAAUGGUUAAGGGAUGUCCCACCCGAUCAAGUAAAAGAAUAUUUACUCAGCGUAAGGGGAUUGGGAUUGAAAAGCGUGGAGUGUGUUCGCCUUCUUGCCCUGCGCCAGAUUGCCUUUCCAGUAGAUACUAAUGUUGGACGCAUAGCUGUAAGGUUGGGAUGGGUACCCCUUCAACCCCUGCCUGAGUCACUGCAAUUGCAUCUUUUGGAGCUAUACCCAGUUCUUGAGUCCAUUCAAAAGUAUCUCUGGCCAAGACUCUGCAAGCUUGACCAAACAACAUUGUAUGAGCUGCAUUACCAAAUGAUUACAUUUGGAAAGGUCUUCUGCACAAAAAAGAAACCAAAUUGCAAUGCUUGUCCAUUGAGAGGAGAGUGUAGACACUUUGCAAGUGCAUUUGCCAGCGCAAGGCUUGCACUGCCAGCGCCAGAAGAGAAGAGUUUGGUUAUUGCAACCGAAAGGAAAGCUGAUGUAAACCAGGCUGAAGUUGUUGAUCAGCGGCCGUUGGCUCUCACUCAGGCAUCAGAGCCAACUGAAAAGAAUCAGCAAUCAAUCAACCACUUUAAUGUGAGAUCUAGAGUAAGUAACAUUGAGCCCAUUAUUGAAGAACCAGCAACACCAGAGCCAGAAUGCCCACAGAUUUCUGAACAUGACAUUGAGGACAUGGAUACCUUAUGUGAAGACCCUGAUGAGAUUCCUACAAUAAAGCUUAAUAUUGAAGCAUUCACUAAGAACGUACAGAAUUACAUACAAGAAAAUGUGGAACUUCAGGAAGGUAGCAUGUCGAAGGCACUUGUUGUCCUAAGCCCAGAAGCUGCAUCGAUCCCCAUGCCGAAGCUUAAAAAUAUCGGUCGGCUGAGAACAGAGCAUCUAGUUUACGAACUUCCGGACUCCCAUCCUCUUCUAGAAAAGUUAAAGAUGGAGCGACGUGAACCCGAUGAUCCAUGCUUCUACCUUCUUGCCAUAUGGACACCGGGUGAAACAGCAAAUUCUGUUGAACUACCACAUACACAAUGUAGUUCUCAAGAAAGUGGCCGAUUGUGUGGAGAAAAGGACUGUUUCUCAUGCAAUAGUGUUAGAGAAGCUGACUCCCAAGUUGUUAGAGGAACAAUUUUGAUUCCAUGUCGAACUGCAAUGAGAGGAAGCUUCCCGCUAAAUGGAACUUACUUUCAAGUUAAUGAGGUAUUUGCCGACCAUGAUUCUAGCCUUAACCCAAUUGAUGUUCCUAGGAAAUGGUUGUGGAAUCUCGUAAGGCGGACAGUGUACUUCGGAACCUCCAUACCAACUAUAUUCAAGGGUUUAUCAACCGAAGAGAUUCAAGGUUGCUUCUGGAGAGGUUAUGUUUGUGUACGGGGUUUCGAUAAAAAAACCGGGGCACCUCGUCCUCUGCUAGCCAGAUUGCAUUAUCCAGCUAGCAAGUUGACCAAAACUAAAAGUAAGACAGAUAAGGCAGGCAAUCCAGUUGAUAAGUAGAUGAAUACUGUAAAUAUGUAGAUAACCAUAUCUGAUAAACUAGUGGAGUGUGUCAUAUACCAACCCUUAUAGGUCACCUGCAGAAAUGGGAAGAUCCAAUCAAGCUGUAUUAUGUAUAUUUCCGUCAUAAUUUAGUGUAUAUAUUAGUAACAUGAAAAUCCAGUUUGGGUGGUAACUUAUAACAUCAUCGUAUUGGAUC